AUGGUGCUGCUCCACUGGUGUCUGCUGUGGCUCCUGUUACCACUCACCUCAAGGACACAAAAGUUGCCCACCCGAGAUGAGGAGCUUUUUCAGAUGCAGAUUCGGGAUAAGGCAUUUUUCCACGAUUCAUCUGUGAUUCCAGAUGGAGCUGAAAUGAGCAGUUACCUCUUUAAAGACACACCUAGAAGGUACUUCUUCAUGGUUGAGGAAGACAACACCCCAUUGUCUGUCACGGUGACACCCUGUGAUGCCCCUUUGGAGUGGAAGCUUAGUCUCCAGGAGCUGCCUGAGGAGGGGAGUGCAGAUGGAUCAGGUGAUCCAGAACCACUUGACCAGCAGAAGCAGCAGGUGACAGAUGUGAAGGGCACAGAGCUGUUCUCCUACAAGGGCAAUGAUGUAGAGUAUUUUCUGUCUUCAAGUUCCCCAUCUGGUUUGUAUCAGCUGGAGCUUCUUUCAACAGAGAAAGACACACAUUUCAAAGUGUAUGCCACCACCACUCCAGAAUCUGAUCAGCCAUACCCCGAAUUACCAUAUGACCCCAGAGUUGAUGUGACCUCUCUCGGACGUACCACAGUCACUUUAGUCUGGAAGCCGAGCCCCACAGCCUCUAUGUUGAAACAACCCAUCGAGUACUGUGUGGUCAUCAACAAGGAGCACAAUUUCAAAAGCCUUUGUGCAGUGGAAACAAAGAUGAGUGCAGAUGACACCUUCAUGAUGGCACCCAAACCUGGCUUGGACUUUAGCCCCUUUGACUUUGCCCAUUUUGGAUUUCCAAUAGACAAUUUGGGUAAAGAUCGCAGCUUCCUGGCAAAACCUCCCAAAGUGGGGCGCCAUGCCUACUGGAGGCCCAAGGUUGACAUUCAGAAAAUCUGCAUAGGAAAUAAAAACAUUUUCACAGUCUCUGACCUGAAGCCGGACACCCAGUACUAUUUUGAUGUCUUCAUGGUCAAUACCAACAGCAACCUGAGCACGGCUUAUGUGGGUACUUUUGCCAAGACCAAGGAGGAAGCAAAACAGAAGAUAAUGGAGCUAAAAGACGGGAGGGUCACAGAUGUGUUUGUUAAAAGGAGGGGAACAAAGUUUCUGCGGUUUGCUCCAGUCUCCACCCACCAAAAAGCCAGCUUCUUUAUUUACUCUUGUCUGGAUGCUGUUCAAGUCCAAGUGAAACGAGACGGGAAGCUGCUUCUGUCACAGAAUGUGGAAGGCAUUCGGCACUUCCAGCUGAGAGGAAAACCCAAAGCAAAAUACCUCAUUCGACUGAGAGGCAACAGGAAAGCAACCUCUAUGUUGAAAAUACUGGCCACCACCAAGCCCAAUAAGCAGGCUUUCCCCUCUCUUCCAGAAGACACGAGAAUCAAAGCCUUCGAUAAGCUACGAACCUGCUCUUCGGUCACAGUGGCUUGGGUAGGCACCCAAGAAAGGAGAAAGUUUUGUAUCUACAGAAAAGAAGUGGAUGGGAACUACAGCGAAGACCAGAAGAGAAGAGAGCAAAACCGGUGCCUUGGACCAGACACCAGGAAGAAGUCAGAGAAAGUCCUCUGCAAAUAUUUCCACAGCCCAAACCGGAAAAAAGCAGUGACCACAGAGACGAUCAAAGAUCUGCAGCCUGGCAAGUCUUACCUGCUGGAUGUUUAUGUUGUAGGACAUGGGGGACACUCUGUGAAGUAUCAGAGUAAAGUUGUGAAAACAAGGAAGGUCUGUUAG